AUGGCCGCCAUUACUAAUACCAACAUUGUUUCUCAAGUUAUUGCACGGGCACCCAUUAACACUACAAAACAGCAGUCUGAUAGAUAUCAUCACUUGGGAAAGAAAAAGCUCCAAAGGGCGCCUUUUACUUUAGCCAAGGCUUCCUAUUCUUCAACACUCACUCUGUACGAUGUAUUGUCAGUUCCCAAGAGCGCUGAAUUGGGUGAACUGAAAAAGGCUUACAGAGAGAAAGUGAGAAUAUAUCACCCAGAUAUUUGCCCACCUGGUGAGAAAGAUAAGUCUUCUGAAAUGUUUCUUCAAGUGCAGGAAGCUUAUGAAACUCUUUCUGAUCCCAUGCUUAGGGCAGAUUAUGAUUUUAAUCUUCAUUUCAAUCCCCAUGUAAUGCUCUUGCAAAAGAGAAAUGGAAGGCCCAAAGAUGAGGACAAGAGAAUGUGGGCUCAACAACUUCAUUGUCUUAACAAAAGAUCAGAGAGUCGCAGAGACAGCUGGGGAGCAAGAAUGCGCAGUUUCACAGAAGAAGAACAAACCCAUUGA